UUCAGAGAGCCGAUCACCUCCAGUCCUGCAACUGAUGCUCAAUUCAACAGAAACACGAUUGCACUUUUUAGGGGGAAGAAACGAGUUGGAAAGCAGCGCAAACAGAGAAGCAGAAGAGCAGGUAACAUGAGAAACCAAUUGAAGACAAUGACAUAUUUGACUCGGGCCGAGAGAAAUGGAAACAGCAGGAAAGUACAGCGAUGGUCCAGAGAGCUCCACCCCGGGUGUCCGCGCACUGACUGGCUGCGCGCUCUGCGCUCUCAUUGUUUCCACGCUGCUGGGGAACACUCUCGUGUGCGUCGCCGUCAUCAAAUUCAGACAUCUGAGAUCCAAAGUGACUAAUUUUUUCGUCAUAUCUUUGGCAGUGUCGGAUCUCUUCGUGGCAGUUCUGGUCAUGCCGUGGAAGGCCGUAUCCGAGGUGGCCGGUUGCUGGCUCUUCGGGAGCUUUUGCGACACUUGGAUAGCCUUUGAUAUAAUGUGUUCAACGGCAUCUAUUCUGAAUUUGUGCAUCAUAAGUUUGGAUAGAUACUGGGCUAUCUCGAGCCCUUUCCAUUACGAGCGUAAAAUGACCCAGCGGGUGGCGUUUGUCAUGAUCGGCAUGGCGUGGACCCUCUCCAUCCUGAUUUCCUUCGUCCCUGUAAGACUCAACUGGCACAAGGCUGAGCGCGUAGAUAUCUCACCGAUAAACCAUGGCAUCCAGUCGGAGGACUGCAGUGCGACUUUGAACAGGACUUAUGCAAUUGUAUCUUCACUCGUAAGCUUUUACGCUCCAGUCAUCAUUAUGAUCGGAACAUACACGCGCAUCUACAGGAUUGCACAAACGCAGAUCCGAAGAAUCUCCACCUUGGAGAGGGCAGCCGGACACACUCAAAGUCACCGCGAAUGCUCGAGCCAACAGUCACUUAAAAGUACAUUCAAGAAAGAGACUAAGGUGUUAAAAACCCUGUCCGUCAUAAUGGGAGUGUUUGUGUUUUGUUGGCUGCCGUUCUUCAUCCUGAACUGCAUCGUUCCGUUCUGUAACCUGGACGCGCUCGGAAACUCUCGGUGCGUCAGCAGCACAACCUUCAGCAUCUUUGUGUGGUUCGGAUGGGCCAAUUCGGCCCUCAACCCGGUGAUCUACGCGUUUAACGCGGAUUUCAGGAAAGCGUUCACCACUAUUCUGGGCUGCAACAGACUUUGCGCGUCUUCUGCGGUGGAGGCUGUGAAUUUCAGUAACGAGCUGGUGUCCUACCAUCACGCAACCCAUCACCAAACCACUCUUCCCCAGAAGGAAUCGCAGGACGCAUCUGAUCCUCAGCCCUUAGCUUUGGCACCUGUGGUAGGGGAGAGCGAGGCAUGUUGUCACACUUUUCACACCGUGUAAC